UACAUUUGAUCACACGCAUCAAAGUUCAUGUAGAAAAAACGCCCAUAUUCGUAAAAGCAAUGACUGAAGCGUGAUUCUCGCUCACGGCUAUGAAUGCUAAGUGAUCACAUUCUUGCUUCGAAACCGGAAGUAAAGUUUCAGGUCACAUGGCUUGUGACGUAAAAUUUGGUCGAGAGAAUCAACAUGGGUAGGGAAGUUCACGAAGUGCAAGUUUGACUCAAGAUUUUAUGGUAUUUUGGUGUCUCGAUGGAUUAUGAAUUUUACUUCAGUGGAGUGCGGCUAUUGGUGAAUGGCUCAGAGGAAGUAUGAAGACAUUGAGUGAAUUUAGAUGAAUUUAUUGAGGGUUGAAAUUCAACACGCACUGUCGGUUUGUACCGACUCGCUCUCGGCAGAAUGCGGGUCAAUUUUGAGCUCGGUUGGACUUCUCUCUGGUUUUAUAUGAUAUGUCUUUUAGACGUAUCACUCACGGAAUCAAACAGGAAAAAGACUGGUAUAAAGAUUCCACUGUUACGGACUAAAAGGGAUAAUAACGUCGCGAUGGAGAAUCUUAAAGGUCGACCCGGGCAGGGUUAUUACAUAGCUUCCAAUUUAGGAAGCCCGCCACAAAGGAUAAAUGUUCUGGUGGACACUGGUAGCAGUAAUUUUGCUGUUGCGGCUUCAGCGCAUCCCUAUAUUCCUUAUUAUUUUCAUAUUGAUAAAUCUACAUCAUAUAAAGACCUCAACAAGCCAGUAUCUGUGCCCUACACGCAGGGUAGUUGGGAGGGUGAGCUAGGCUCAGACCUUAUCAAGUUUGUGGAUGGCCCUAAUGUUACACUUAGAGUAGAUGUGGCUAGUAUUCUACAGUCUGAGAACUUUUUUAUUAAUGGAUCUAUGUGGGAAGGAAUCCUGGGAUUAGGAUAUGCAAGACUUGCAAAGCCUGAUUCUAGUGUGACUCCUGUAUUUGAUCAGUUUGUCCUUGACCACGGAGUAGAGAAGGACUCUUUUUCUAUGCAGCUCUGUGGAAGCAGUGAAAUAGAUCCAUCAGCUGAACCGACCGUAGCUGGCACUAUGGUUUUUGGUGAAAUAGAUGAAGAGCUCUAUAAAGGAGACCUUCUUUAUACUCCUAUAGUCAAGAAAUGGUACUAUGAGGUUGUUAUUACAGAUGUUGCAGUAGAUGGAGAUAGUCUAGCACUUGAUUGUAAGAAGUACAAUUAUGACAAGACAAUAGUUGAUAGUGGGACAACAAAUCUACGGGUCUCAGAAGAAGUUUUUAAUGCGAUUCUAGACAGACUUCGAAAGUUUGACAAGCUAGGAGUCCCGGAUGACUUCUGGUAUGGCCGACAAAUGAUGUGCUGGAACUAUGACCGGACGCCGUGGGAAGAAUUCCCGGACAUGUCAAUAUCACUCCUGUCUUCGCUGAGCUCAUCUAAAGAGUUUAGAUUAAAGAUACCUCCACAGUUGUAUUUACGUGAGACGAUAGAACAUGGCCCUAUUAUGGGCCAACAUUGUUAUAAGUUUGCUAUCACGAGAGCUGAGCGUGGUACUGUUAUAGGCGCCGUGAUAAUGGAGGGUUUUUAUGUUGUUUUCGACCGAGAAAACGUACAAGUGGGUUUUGCAGCCACAACAUGUGGAGCUGAAGGGCGUCUAAAUCCACGUUCAGAGGUUUCCGGACCGUUUAGUCGAGACCCCAUCGACUGCGAGUAUGUGGAGACGGAGAGCUCCGACACAGCACUGCUGACCGUUGCGUACGUGAUGGCGGGCGUGUGUGGCCUAUGUCUUCUACCAAUCUUCAUUCUACUGGGUCAGGCGAGCUGUAAGCGACGAAGGGAGCAGAGACUUUUAAACGGUCCUGAAUAUAGGGAAUAUAGCGAUAAUAAUAAUAGCACAUCUACUCCUUGAUAAUAACUGCACAUUUAUAAUAGCACCUCUACACCUUGAUAAUAAUAGUUCAUCUACUUAACAAUUAGACUUCGAGUUCGAGUUUUCUAUGAGUCAAUAGAUAGUCAACAAGGCGCCGUGUUGGCUAUUUGACUCAUAGAAAACGAGAACGGGUAGUCUAAUUGUUUUAAUAUAAAUCCACUCAUAUACUACCUUCAAAUAAAUGACGAUUUUAAUAAUUCUCAGUAAUAAAUAACCUCUUUCGUCGCCGCUUUUUCGCUACUCACUAUCUAGUGAGAUAGAUAGUGAGGAGUACGGGAGCCAAUCAAAUUGCGAGAUUCGUGAUAGUGAGUGUGAGUGGAUUUAUACUAAACUUUCAUAGAAAGCAUUACAAGGGCUGCCCUGCUCAUGUGUCCAGCGCUUUGAGCAUCGGUUUGCCCAGUUUCCGGUUCUCCCUGCUAAUAGAGGUCUCACACGUUGUGUUAAAAAUGGGGACUAUUUUUUCAUAUUGUUAUUUCCAGGUUAGACCUCUGUUAGCAGUUGGUUAAAAAAAUCCGAUAUGCAUCAUGGGAAGGGUUAAGCUUUAUGAUAUAUACUUUUUCACAAAGCGUAGUUAUGCGUAGUUUUCGCACGUGAGUAGAUUGUGGUCAAUAAUAGUUAUAUUUUUUAUUGUGCUUAUGGAAUUGGAAAAGUGAGGAAGGGACUAUCAUAAUUAGAAAAUCAUUGAGGGUCAUUGUAUGUAGACUUACCGAGAGGAAGACAACGGCAAAUCUUUGCAGUUUUUUUA